AUGGCCAUGGUCACGACCACAAACUUGUACACUUCAUAUUCUCCAAUAACAACCAAAACCCACAACAACAAAAGUGUUUCUCUUCCGUUACCACCUCGUACUUACACCACUAGCCAUGUCAAUUUCCCUGUACCAGUUCAGAAAAGAACCAGACUUUCAACAUCAGCUGCAAUUACUACUACUAUACAAGUAGAUGGACCUACAACUUCUAGCAAAGCAUCAAAGACUUUGCCUUUUAGAGUGGGCCAUGGGUUUGAUCUCCAUAGGCUAGAACCUGGGUACCCUUUGAUUAUUGGCGGGAUUGAUGUGCCACAUGAUAGAGGAUGUGAAGCGCACUCUGAUGGGGAUGUGCUGCUUCAUUGUGUUGUGGAUGCAAUAUUGGGUGCACUGGGGCUCCCUGAUAUUGGGCAGAUAUUCCCUGAUUCCGAUCCUAAGUGGAAAGGAGCAGCUUCAUCUGUUUUUGUUAAAGAAGCUGUGAGACUUAUGCAUGAGGCUAGUUACGAGAUUGGAAACUUGGAUGCUACCUUGAUUCUUCAAAGGCCAAAACUGAGCCCAUACAAGGAGGCUAUCAGGGCCAAUUUGUCUGAGCUGCUAGGAGCAGACCCCUCUGUCUUAAAUCUGAAAGCAAAAACUCAUGAAAAGGUUGAUAGCCUUGGUGAAAAUAGAAGUAUCGCUGCACACACAGUGGUUCUUCUCAUGAAGAAAUGA